AUGUUGCGAUCUGCCAACCCCACGAUCGCCAAGGCGCUGCAGCCCCUCAUCGAGGGGCCCAAGUUUGCUGUCGUGUACUGCGGCAAUCACCAGUACAAGGUCAGCCCCGGCGACGUCAUCGCCGUUCAGCGUCUGCGCGCGCCCAUUGGGAGCCAAAUAGCGCUCAAGAAGGUGCUCAUGGUCGGCGGACCGCGCUUUACCGCCAUUGGCCGGCCGCUGCUGGAGCACGUACGGGUGACCGCGGACGUUGAAGAACAGAAGCGUAUGCGCAACGUGGUGUCGCUCUUCUCCACGCCAGGGCGCCGACGCCUGCGAUGGCUGGACGCGCAGCACGCGGCUACAAUACUGCGCAUCCGUGAGGUGGUCUACGAGCCGACGGUGGUAGGCGAGCUCGACAAGUACGACGGUGUAUUGCUGAAGGACUUCCACGCAGACAGGCACCCGAACCCGGUCUUCACGGCCAAUGAUGGCUACGACUUGUACUACCCGAAGGACUGGAAUAAGGUCGAAGAGGCCUCAGCUUUUCUAGAGAUGAUGGAGGCCCCUCCGACGGAGAAGUAG